CGCAGAUAACACUCUCUUGAUUGAGGCUUUAGAGCUUCUGUACUGGCUCUUUACUCGCACUUGUCUCACUGAAGCCACUUCUUUCUCACAGUACCUUGGUAUGGUGUAGCAUCGGCUUGGCGGUCUAGAAGCAUGUUGGAUAGACGCCAACUCCAAUGAGAUAACGCUGUACACCCUUGCGCCGUCGACAAGGGCUUGUAGGAUCCGACUAGACAAAAGGUCCUUGAAUUCUCCCGAGACUACGUGGCCCUCUGAAUACUGAUCUCACAUUCAACCUUUCUCCCAUUAUCGUAAUUUGAGUUCUCGAACAAUGUCGGGCUAUCAGCUUCAGUCGCCAUGCCGCGUGGAGGACGGCCUACUCAUUGCGCAGAGCCAGGUCUCAGCCUUCUUUGAAGAAGCAUGGUGGAGAUUAUCAUGGACUAACAGAACUCGCGAAUCCUUGAUCCAGAGUAUCGCAGAUCGAAGCCCCAAGAACUUGCUCACCAACAGAGAAAUCCGGAGGCAUCAAAAGAUAGUUCAUCUCCAAACCGGAGACAUUGUUGGGUACGCACGGUGGAUCCUCCCCGAGUCUCACAAAGACGCUUGGCUUGAAGCGCAAACGCCGGAUGUAAGCGAUGAGCAGAGGGAAGUUUUUGCAAAGCGUCAUGCGGAAACCGACUGGAAUCCGCGUGAGGAUAACGAUAAAUUGGAUGAUCAUAUCGACGGUUGGAGAGAGAAGCACAAACAGGAAAGGGACAUGGAAUUACACUACCUCUGCGUUCAUCCAGAUCAUCAACAAAAAGGACUAGCCAGUUUACUCGUCAACUCAGGUCUCGAAGAAGCCAAGAAGUUAGGUCUUGAUGUUAUCAUCGUGGCCAUGGGUCGACGAGCCCUGGGUCUCUACUUGAAGCAUGGGUUUGAGCUGCUCGAGGAGAAGAGCCAGAGUAUGAGUUACUUCGGGGUUGAUAAACUUUACGAGACCUUUUACUUGAGAAAGAAAGCUGAAAAGUGAUGGCAGGAAGCUCGUGGACCGUCUUUUAACUACAUCUCAACGACUUCUCCUGCUCAAAGAACCAACAGACGUUCAGUGGCUCGCCCUGUCAUUUGUUGGUCCAGCGGGGACUAGUUGAGAUUGAUACGGCUAUUUCUAUAAACUAAUGCACGUCUUUUCU